UCCCUUUCCCUUUUUUCCCUCUUAGGAAAUUGAAAUUUCAGAUUUAAAAGAUUCUAAUUUCUUGAACCAAAGCAAUCUUUUUCACUUUUUGAUUCAAUUAACGAAUAAAAGAAAGCCCUAACGGACCUUCCAUUUUCAAAGCUCUCACCAAGUCAGGGGGAAGGAAACUGAGGAAUGAAAGGGAAUGGAAUGGAAUCAACAUUGUGAAAUGCAUGUGCUUGGAGAAUUGUUGGAUGUGGUUCGAAUGAUGAAGAUGAUGAAAUGAACUCAAAGAUUGCAUUAAGGGAUUGGUAGAACAUCGAAUCCGGGUUUUCAGAACUGAUGGAUACGGAUAGAGAGAGACACAGAGCCAGAGAAACAGCUUUUUAUCUGUUUACUCAGCAAAGUCUUCCGGCUUGCAAACCUGUCUUAACACCAGGAUGGGUUAUAGCAAUAUUUUUGUUUAUGGGUGUCAUUUUCAUUCCUGUUGGCCUGGUCACUCUGCGUGCUUCUCAUUGUGUUGUUGAAAUUGUGGACCGAUAUGAUAUUGAUUGUGUACCUGAGCCAUCUAGAAUGGAUAAAGUUUCAUAUAUCCAAGAUGACUCAAUUCCCAAGAAUUGUUCUCGUUUCAUGAAGGUGCACAAGUACAUGAAAGCUCCAAUUUACAUUUACUAUCAACUUGAUAAUUAUUAUCAGAACCAUCGAAGGUACGUCAAAAGCAGAAGCGAUAAGCAACUCUUGGAUGGCCAGAAGUAUCAUGACACAAGUUAUUGUCAACCUGUGGAGUCGAAUAACAAUAGGCCUAUUGUUCCUUGCGGAUUGAUAGCAUGGAGUUUAUUUAAUGAUACAUUUGAAUUUAUUCGUGAGGGAGCAGAACUCAAAGUGAACAGGAAAAACAUUGCGUGGAAGAGUGAUCGGGGCCACAAAUUCGGAAAGAACGUAUAUCCUUUCAAUUUCCAAAAUGGAACCUUGAUUGGUGGUGGAAAACUGAAUCCGGAAAUUCCUCUAAGCGACCAGGAAGAUCUUAUUGUAUGGAUGCGUACAUCUGCUCUCCCUAGCUUCCGGAAAUUGUACGGGAGAAUCGAAGAAGAUUUGGAUGUUGAUGAUGUCGUAGUAGUCAAUCUUAUGAACAACUACAACACUUAUAGUUUUGGUGGUAAAAAGAAGCUCGUCCUUUCAACGUCAAGCUGGUUAGGAGGAAAGAACGACUUUCUCGGCCAUGCUUGUGUCUUUGUCGGAUGUUCUUCUCUUACGCUUGCUAUCAUCUUCGUGUUGCUACAUGUAAAAUAUCGAAGGCCCUAUGGAGACAUGAGCUAUUUACCUUGGAACAGGAAAAGCUUUUCAGGGUGAUUCGGACAAGAUCGACAUACAUUUGAGCUUUCUCAUCGGUGAGUGAUUUUAUAUCAUAAUCCGGAAAAAAGCACAUUUAGGUAUUCCGUCUCGGAAUUAGGAAAAAACGAGAAGAGAAAAAUCGAGUGGCAUCACUAGCUGGGUUAUAUAUACAUUGUUUAUAGUUGAACCAGAGAAAAUAUUAUCAGGCAAUCCCUUUGUAGGUAAAUAUAAAAUCAAUGUAAAAAUUAUAGAUUAAAUAGCAUUUGAAAUUUUCAUUAUGUUUGAAAAAUAUAAUAUAUGGAGAUUCAUGUUUUUCUUUUUUGUC